AUGCGCUAUUCCAUCAUCACACUGGUCUUCUUCCCGACCUACAUCGUCUUCGAGAUCCCAGCGACGCUGCUCACCCGCUGGAUCAGCCCGCGCCUUUUCCUCUCCAGCGUGGUCAUGACCUGGGCUGUGAUCCUCAUCGGCACUGGUACUUGGUACACUCGCUACGAGAUGCACAAGAGGUGUUCCAUGUGGUAUUUCAUUGCCUCAACAUUCACCUCAUGUGGAGGCAUUUUGACCCAUGGCCUGAUGCAAAUGCACGGGACUGCAGGCCGCGCCGGUUGGCGUUGGGUGUCAACUGCCGCCAUCGGCCUUGCUGGAUCUGUGCUCCUGUUCGGGUUUCCCGAAUCCAAGAAGAGAUACCGCCAUUUCCUCUCUGAUGCUAAAAUGUCCUUCGUGCUCGCACGCAAUAACCUGGACCGGAACGAUGCCGACAUCACGCCAUUCGACCUCUGGGAGUUUCUGUCGCACACGUUUGACCUCAAGCUCUGGUUGUUUGGCUUGAUUUACUGCUUUACCUUGAUUGUCGGGUAUAGCUUUGCGCAUUUCCUGCUCAUCAUUCUGCUCCACAAGCUGGAAUUCAGCUUGGCGGCCGCCCAGUGUCUUGUGGCACCGCCCUAUUUCCUAGGCGGCUGA